CGUACAUAUCCCAAAGAUGAUUCUGUUUGUACUCUCUAAAAUAUUGAUUUUGAUAACGCUCGUCAAGAUGUCUUCUCAAUACCCAAAUGGAGCACCAAUAUCGGUUUGCCAGACAAUGAUUCCAGGUCAUCAAGGAAUCUUUCCACAGCCAAAUCCUGCUCCAUAUAUAUUCAAGAUAAGCUCCACUUCAUAUAAAAAUGGAAAACCUAUUAGAGUCCAGAUAUUGGGUCCUGGAUACAGAGGUCUCCUUUUGGAGAGUCGUACAUACGAUAAGACAAUGCUCAUUGGCAAAUGGGUCUUCCCACCAAAUGACACCAAGAUUUUGCAGUGUCCAGAAAAUUCUGCGGGAGCAAUUACUCACUCCAACACCAAUUUAAAAACACAGUCAACAACCUAUACGUGGAUGCCGCCAGAAGAGGAUUGUCCACCAAUUAUUUUCUUCAUAGCAACGGUAGCAGAGUCACAUGAUGUGUACUGGCUUGGAGUAAAAUCUGCGGCUAUUUGGAAAGGUAAAUUUAAUCCUAGAAAAUAGCUAGCAUGCACUUUGUAACAUGAUAUUCCACGUUAUCGUCUACAUUUUAGCAAAAUGAUCC